AUGGAGCCACCUGCUGGAAACAGUGCAAACGCUCUGGGGCGGAACGACUUUUUAAGGAAACGUGGGCCGGCCGGGCAGCUGUGCAGUGUCGGACAGAACCACCGUGGAAGGAUAGGACCUGCUGCUCAACUCGGCUGCGAAACGAUGCAAGGAGCCGGCGGAAGUAAGAUGCCAUCAAAAUGUGGAUUUUGCAAGCGGCCAAAAGAGGAAGUAUGCAAUGGAGAAAUGCUCCUUUCCCAGGAUGGUCAAUUGGUACUGCACCGCAGAUGUCUGCUGUUUUCUGCUGUACCCUUGGCAUCCAAAAUAUCCAAGAAUAAAAAUCUCUCCAGCAAAACAGUGCAAGCUAUUAAAAAGGAACUGCGGAAGGCUACAAAAGUGAAAUGCAGUCACUGUCAUCAGUCUGGAGCUGCUGUUAAAUGUGCUGCAACAUACUGUAGGAAGGUCUAUCACUAUCCCUGUGUGAGGAGUGAUAAUGGUGCAGUCAGGGAAAAUGAAUUCCGGGGAGUUUACAGGGUUUGGUGUCAUAAUCAUAAAACUGAACAGAAAUUUGAAGGCAGCUCCUCUGAAAGUGCUGAAGAUGCUCCAGCUGCUGUUUGCCCGAAAGAAGAAGAGCUGGAACAUCAAGAAGGGCAGAAUGCCUUUGGGCAAAAGGUAGACCCCCAGGGACAUUCUCCUUGCAGCCAGACCGAAAUGCUUAUGAACCAUCAAGCUAAGGACGGUUCCAAGACUUGCUACUUGCAAUGUGCAGCUUCUACCAGCGCAAUGCUUAUUAAAUGUGUUGAUAAAGGAGUUGACAGCUUAUAUUGUAAAAGCCACAGCAGUUAUGAAGAUGAAAGUGAUGAGAAAGCUGUUGGAUUAACUUCUGGUAGCUGCUGCCACGACAAUGGAGAUGAAGAAAAUUGCAGUUACUCAAAAGAUGACCUCAAACAGAAAAUGACAAGCAAAACAAAAGAUGGUUCUGACAACAGGAAUUCCAAUGAAAAGGCAAGUAUCUUUGAAAAAGAUCAUCUGGAGCUCAGAGAUGUGAACACUGAGAAAAUUAAAGGGAGUAGAGCAGAGCUCUUGCAGUCAAAAGAAAAUUCUACCGAGACCGAGGAAAAUGCUUUUCAUGUGGACUGUCAUAACCUAGAAAAAGCAAAAUUGUUUUGGAACAAAGUGCAAGCUUCUGGGAGUGUGGAGCUUGUCUUUGAGCAGCUCAGUAAUGUGUUAAACUGCCUGAAAAACAAAAUCGUCAGUGGAUCAGCGAACAAUCAAGAAUAUUUGAAGGCUUUAAAUUUGCUCAAUGAAGCUGGAAUCUACAAUUGUUCUUCACCUGACGUACCAGAAAGUGAAGGAAAGCAAGUUAACUGUGAAGAGCAUUCAGAAAAUGUGACAGUUUCUGAGAAAAUGGAAACAGUAUCAGACAGUGCCCUGUUUUUGCGAACAUCAGUAAUUAAAAGCCUGGUACCGUCAGCUAUCUGUCCACCUGAAAAUGACUUCCAUCAGACAAGUCUUGCUGAUCCGAUAAUAUUUCAUCAACACAAGUGCAGUAGAAUGUGUAUUGCGGGAGUAAUGCCUCCAACUUCUGAUAAUUUUAAAGGGGAAAAUCCACUGAAAAUUCCCAUACUUUGCCAGUUUCAAAGAAGACAUGCAAAAUUGCACUGGAAUACUGAGAUCUUGGAGCCUCCACAUGUCUCCUAUAAAGCUCCUUGUGGGAGAAGUUUGCGUAAUUUCAAAGAGGUGCGCAAUUACAUUCUUGAAACCCAGUGUGACUUUCUUUUAUUGGAUUUUUUCUCUUUCAAUACGUAUGUUCAGCUUUCAAGAACGUUUCCUUCCAAGAGUCCAAUGGUUUACAAAGCUGACAUAAGCCAUGGAAUAGAAGCUGUUCCAAUUCCUCUGUACAAUGCAAUUGACUUAACUACACCAGAGCAUUUUAAAUACAGAAAAGUACGGUUGCCUUAUGGAUAUCUCAUUAGCAAUUCAGCAGAGAUGUUACAACAGAAAUGCAACUGCACAGAUGGUUGUAGUGACAAAUCUAGGUGUGCAUGUCAAAAGCUGACAGCCAAAGUCAACAAAAGAUUUGGCAAAACUUCUGGAUACGAAUACAAACGACUUCUGCAAAGUGUACCUUCUGGGCUUUAUGAAUGUAACAAAUGGUGCAAAUGCAACAAGAGGUUGUGUGAAAACAGAGUUGUACAGCAGGGCCUCACAAUUCGAUUGCAGCUAUUCAAAACACACAAAAGAGGCUGGGGAGUCCGCUGUAUGGAUGAUGUUGAUAAAGGAACAUUUGUGUGCAGUUACGCAGGUAGAAUACUAAGAAUUGCCAAUAAUAUGGAGAGCCAAAAUAAUGAUAAAGCCAUUAAUUUUAAUGCUACUGAUUUGUGUAGCAGCAAAACAAAAAAUACUUUCAUCACAAGGGAAACAAAAGAAUCCAAUUUAGAACAUGAACAUAAGUUAUUAGAAGAAAUGGAAGAAACAAAAGCAAGUUUGAAGAAGGAAGAAACGACCUCAUUUGUUAAAACAUCACCUUUAAUAACCCAAAAAGGAUGUACAGAAUUCUUUGGAAGGGAAAAACCUGGAUUUAAAAAGUUUGAUUUGCAUGACCAUGGAUCAUUGUCAGUUGAGCGGCCCAAAACAAAGACAGCCCUUCUGCAGGCUCAGCGAAGAAAACUUCGGGAACAGGGUCACAUUUUGGAAAUGCACAGUAGUAGUUCUGCGGAGGAUGAAAGUGAAUCAUUAGCAGAGCGACCCAAAAGACACUCCAGAUCGUUUCAACAUUCUUCACCAAAGAAACACAAGACUUUGUCAGAUAAUCAACCAAUCAACAGUUGUAAAGGAGUCUCAGAAAAAAGGAACAGCGUUGGUUGUGGAAGAAACCGUUCUACCCUUAUGAGUCAAAAUAUUUCUGAGCGUGCAUUGUUAACUCAACAGGAAAUAGAUAAACAAGAAAAUAAUACAAACAAUGAAAACGCAAAUACACAAAGAAAAUUGAUUCCAGAUAACAAUCACAAUGAACAGAUGUCAAAAUUACACCGGUUUUCUAAAGGUGAUGAUCAAGGAGAUUGUUAUUUCCUGGAUGCCACAGAAGAAGGAAACAUUGGGCGUUUUCUUAAUCAUAGCUGCGAUCCAAAUCUCACGGUGCAAAGUGUUUUUGUAGAUACUCACGACAAGAAUUUCCCUUGGGUGGCAUUUUUUACUAAUAGGUAUAUUAAAGCAGGAUCAGAGUUGACAUGGGACUACAAGUACUUGGUAGGAAGCACACCUGAAGAAGAAAUUCCAUGUUUUUGUGGAUCUAUCAAAUGCAGAAAUACCAUAGUGUGAUGCCAUCAUCCAGCUCAUCUUUAUGGAGUUGGGAAAUGAAGAUGUAAUUCUCUUAAGUUUUUGAGCAAAAGGUACCUACAUUCACUGGAACCAAAAUAAUCUCAUACAUCAGAAUUCUGCAGACCUCACCAUUUUCUUAAAUUUUAGUUGGACAAUUAAUUGUACUUCUGUAUUGUCCUGCACCGGGGCUUUUAUUUUUGAAUUUGAAUGUUGAAGUUAAGUGAAUUUAUGGAUCUUGUGAUUAUGAUGAGGACUUUUAUGACUUUAAAGCCUGUGCACAGAAAGAUGGAUUUUCUGUGUGAGACUGAAGAACUAUGAGGUAAUUGUGCUCAACAAUAAACAACAGUAGGCUUCAGUUUUGAUUUCUGUUUUGAGAUGUUACCCGAUUUAAAUUGUUGUAGGUUGUUUUGUCAUUCCUGAGUGUUAUUCAUUUGAUGAUAAAAGAAACUGCUUGGAGAUGGGGGAGGGAUGGGUCCUGGGGUAAGAAGUAUCUAAUGCUUACACCACAGUCUAAUAACCCAGUGCCAAUCACUGAUUUACAAAAAAAAACAACCAACCCUUUUGGUGAAGUGUAUGCAUGUUUAUUAUUUAUGGGUCUGUACUAGUAAUUUGGAAGAGGAUGAGAGAAGAUGAACAAAUAAAGUUGUUAUUAAAAUUAUUAAUGUUAAAUCAAAUGUAAAUGAAAAUCAAAAAAGCUACCGAUGCUGAUAAUCUGAAAUUAAAAAGAGAAAAUGUUGGUAACUCUCAACAGGUCAGGUAACUUCAGUGGAAAGGAUAAUGCACUAAAGAGUUUCUCUCUGUUUCUCUUUCCCAAUUUAAAUGGAAGUCAGAAAAGAUGGAGUGCCUUCAGCACAUUCAACUUAAGUCCAUUGUAUAAUCUGUUUAUAAGGCCGUAAUGCACCAUUGACGGAGGUUGCGGGUUUUUCAGGCAAACGUGGGAUCAACCAUCCACCAUGAAUCCGCUUAUACAGUUGUUUUGCUGGUUUGUGGCUCUUGUCCCAUUUAUGAGUGCAGGAAAGCUGUGAAAGCAAGUUUGACUUUGCUGUAGGACCAUAAGGUAUAGGAGCAGAAUUAGGCCAUUUGACCCAUCAAAUCUGCUCCACCUUUUCAUUGUGGCUUUCAGCCCCAAUGUCCUGCCUUCUCUCCACAUUGCUUCAUACUCUGUCUAAUCAAGAAUCUAUCAACCUCUGUCUUAAAUAUAACCAAUGACUUGGCCUCCACAGAUACCCGUGGCAAUGAAUUACAGAGAUUCACCGCUCUUUGGCUAAAGAAAUUCCUCCUCAUCCCAUUAUAAAUGGACAUCCCUCUCUUCUGAGGCUGUGUCCUCUGGUCUUCCCCCACCAUAGGAACCAUCCAUUCCACAUCCACUCUAUGGAGGUUUUUCAACUUUCAGUAGCUUUCAAUGAGAUCCCUCUCAUUCUUCUGAAUUCCAGUGCGUAAAGGCCAGAGCAAUCAAAUGUUCCUCAUCUGCUAAGCCUUUCAAUCCCAAAAUCAAUUUUGUGAACCUCCUUUGAACCCUCUCCAAUGUCAGCACAUCCUUUCUUAAUUAAGGGUAACAAAACUCCUCACUCUACUCCAAGUAAGGCCUCACCAGUGCCUUAUAAAGCCUCAACUUUACAUCCUUGCUUUUAUAUUCUAGUCCUGUUGAAAUGAAUGCUGAUGUUAUACUUGCCUCCCUCACCUCUGACCCAGCCUGCAAAUUAAUCUUUAGGGAAUCCUGCACAGGGACCCCCAAGUUCCUUCAGAUUUUUGAAUUUUCUCUCCAUUUUGAAAAUAGUCUACACUUUUAUUUCUUCUACCGAAGUGCAUGACCACAUACUUCGUGACACUGUAUUCCAACUGCCAGUUCUUUGCCCAUUCUCCUAAUCUAAUACUCAUUCUACUUCCUCAACACUACCUGUCCUUCCAACUAUCUUUGUAUCAUCCACAAACCUAGCCACAAAUUCAUCAAUUCCAUCAUCCAAAUCAUUGACAGAUAAUGUAAAAUGAAGCGGUCCCAACAGAGACCCCCGUGGAACACUAGCAGCCAACCAGAAAAGGGUCCCUUUAAUUCCCACUCUUUACCUCCUGCCAACCAGCCACUGUUUUAUCCAUGCUAGUAUCUUUCCUGUAAUAUCAUGGGUUCUUAACUUGCUAAGCAGCCUCAUGUGUGGCACCUUGUCACAGGCCUUCUGAAAAUCUGGUUCUCCUUUGUCUACCCUGCUGGUUAUUUCUUCAAGGAAUUCCAACAGAUUUAUCAGGCAAAGUUUUCCCUUAAGGAAAGACUACAGCCUAUUUUAUCAUAUGCCUCCAAGUACUCCAAACCUCAUCCUUAACAAUCGACUCUAACAUCUUCCCAACUACAACAAGGGUAUGACUAACUGGCUUAUAAUUUCCUUAUUUUUUGCCUCCCUCCAUUCUUGAAGCGUGGAGUGACAUCUGUGGUUUUCAAGUACUCCGGAAACAUUCUGGAAUCCAUUGAUUCUUGAAAGAUCAUUGCUAAUGCCUCCACAAUCUCUUCAGCCGCUUCUUUCAGAAUCCUGGGGUGGAGUCUAUCCGGCCCAGGUGACUUAUCUAUAGUACCUUCAGACCUUUCAGUUUCUAAAGCACCUCCUCCCUUGUAAUGGCAACUUCACACACUUCUGCCCCCCGACGUGCUUGAAUUUCCAGCAUAUUACUGGUGUCUUCCACAGUGAAGACUGGCGCAAGAUACUUAGUAAGUCCGCCAUUUUCUUGUCCCCCAUUACUACCUCUCCAGCAUCAUUUUCCAGCGAUCCAAUAUCUACUCUCACCUCUCUUUUACACUUCAUGUAUCUGAAGAAACUUUUCUAUCCUUUUUAAUAUUAUUGGCUAGCUUACCUUCAUAUUCCAUCUUUUCCUCCUUUAUGACUUUUGUAUUUGCCUUCUGUUUCUUUUUAAUAGCUUCCCAAUCCUCUAACCCCAGUAAUUUUUGCUCUAUAAUAUGUCCUGCCUUCGGUUUUAUGUUGGCUUUGACUUCUCUUGGCAGCCUAUGGUCAUGUCAUAUUGCUUUUAGAAUACUACUUCCUUGGGAUGUAUCUAUCUUGCGCCUUCUAAAGUUCUCCCAGGAACUCCAGCCAUUGCUACUCUGCCAUCAUCCAUGCCAGUGUUCCUUUCUAGUUAAUUUUGGCCUGAUCCUCUUUCAUGCCUCUGUAGUUCCCUUUAUUCCACUGUAAACUGAUACAUUUGACUUUAGCUUCUCCUUCUCAAAUAGCAGGGUGAAUCCAAUCAUUGUGAUCACUGGUCCCGAAGAGUUCCUGUAUCUUAAGCCCUCUAUUUAAUUCCCAUUCAUUGCACAACACCCAAUCCAGAUUAACUGAUUCCCUAGUGCUGUAUCACUUUGGUUUUGAGCUACCAGUUUCAAACCCAAAGAAAAUAUGAAUAAAAAAUCCAGUUUUGAAAUAGCAGAUAUUCCUAAAGAUGAUUGUGUUUGUGAGAGUCUUGAUGCCUCAUUUUUGAUUGUAAUUGAUUAAUGCAAAGCAUAUCAAUUUAAAAUAUGUAUAGAUGUAAAUUUACAAGUAAAGGCAAAUUUCAGUCAUGUAUUUUGAUUAACUGAAUGAACUGGAAAGUUGUUUUAUUAAAUCAGAUAACUGUAUUUUGUUAUGCAUAAUGUGGUGUUGACUCUUAAAUGUUAAAAGAUUGUUUACUGAAUUUUAUUUUACAUUUGAUUAUUGCAAUUGCUUUUUCUUAUUUCCAGGAUUAAAUUAAGUGCUUGUUUGUAAAAUGAAUAUAAUUUUUCAAAAAUUAAUGUUGCAGUGCGGAUGUACAAAAUUUAUAGAUUUAAACUUCAUAUAGUGUUACACUUUACUAAACCUUUCUUAAAAUUACAAAGCUUGGUAUUUUAUAAACAAAGUACUUCUAUAAAGGUAAAUAGCCUUGAGGUGUUCUAAAUAUGUGAAUUGCAUAAAU